GUUAGCGCACAUGCGCCGAGUAGACCGCGUUUGCUCGCAGUUCAUAUUCUUGUCGUAUUCCUACAUUGACGUCAAGCGUUUUUUUCGUUCUUGUUUAGUCGAUCGUAAAAAUGCUAACGGAAAGUAACUUAUUUGUGUAAAAGUUUCAUUAAAUAAUUACGAUGUUGCGAAUGUUCCAUUAAAUAUUCUACAACAUAUUGAAAUUUACCGCGAAUUUGUCACGCGGCCACGUGUGUUGUUGUGUUUACCGGCGUCGGUGAUUGAUUUUUGCGGUAUGGGCGAAGAAAUCCAAACGGAAGACGGAACAGUGACAUUGAAACGUAAAAUUACGCUUUUUAAUGGCGUAGGAAUUAUUAUUGGAACGAUUAUAGGGUCUGGAAUUUUUAUAUCUCCCACCGGUGUUUACUCCUAUACUGGGUCGGUAGCGGCAUCACUCCUAAUAUGGCUGAUCUGUGGUCUUUUAUCAACAUUAGGUGCACUAUGUUAUGCGGAGUUGGGGACUUCUAUAGCGAGAUCUGGCGGUGACUACGCCUAUAUUUACACGGCCUUCGGGCCUUUACCGGCCUUUCUUAGAAUGUGGAUUGCGCUACUUAUAAUUAGGCCCACGACGCAGGCGAUUGUUGCCCUGACCUUUGGGAAUUAUGUGGUGAAGCCUUUCUACCCUGAAUGUGAACCGCCGGAAAACGCGGUGAAGCUUCUGGCGGCGGUGUGUUUGUGUAUACUGACAGCAAUAAAUUGUAUUAGUGUUCGUUGGACCAUGCGUAUCCAGGAUGUCUUCACCACAUCGAAGCUGUUGGCUCUUAUUGUUAUCAUCAUAUCUGGAAUUUAUUAUAUUGGCAUUGGGCACUCGGAGAACUUUCAGAAUCCCUUCGAAGGCAAAUAUGGUGCUGGAGAUAUUGCUUUGGCGUUCUACUCCGGCCUCUUCGCUUUUGGCGGCUGGAAUUAUUUGAAUUUCGUCACUGAAGAGCUGCAGGAUCCGUAUAAAAAUCUACCUCGCGCAAUAUGGAUCGCGAUGCCAAUGGUGACCAUAAUCUAUGUGCUGGCGAACCUGGCCUACUUCGCUGUUGUCACCAAAAUGGAGAUGAUGUCGAAUCCUGCUGUUGCUGUGACAUUCGGCGAUCGCCUAUUUGGUAGUUGGAGUUGGGUGAUUCCAAUAUUCGUGGCUUUAUCUACUUUUGGAGGAGUCAAUGGCGUUCUCUUUACAUCAGCCCGAUUAUUCGCAACGGGGGCACAAGAGGGGCAUAUGCCGGCGUUCUUUUCGCUUUUCCAUAUUGAGAAACAGACUCCUAUACCAUCACUUAUAUUCACGUGUUUAUUUUCGUUGCUGAUGCUGACAACCAGCAACGUAUUCGACCUCAUAAAUUACUAUUCGCAAACGUUAUGGCUAUCUGUUGGUGCAUCCGUUGUCGGAAUGCUCUGGCUUCGUCAUACAAAACCCGACAUGCCCCGACCGAUCAGGGUCAAUCUAGCCAUCCCUUUCCUCUUUCUCUUCGCGAUCGCCUGUCUCGUUCUAAUCCCAGUCGUAACUAACCCGAAGGAUACCGGUAUCGGUUUAGGAAUACUCUUCUCGGGAAUACCGGUUUAUUAUCUAUGCGUGAAAUGGAAAAAUAAACCUCGGUCCUAUAACACGUUAUCUGGUUGUGUUUUAAGGUUCCUGCAGAAAUUAUGUUCUUGCAUUUAUGUAGACUCGUUAGAGAAAAUGUCGACUGAUAAAUAAUUUAAUAUUGCUCUACCCUCUUAUUUAUUAGUCACGUAUUCUAUGAUUCAAAGUGACUUGACAUGCGUAAAAAAAUGUAUUGGAUUUGACGUCUCGUUUCUAAAUCUCUCCCUCAAUCUAGAGCGCCAAACUGAAUCCACCAUCUACAAUAUAAAGAUCAAUUUGACAGCUCCCUGUAACACUAAGAUAUUAUAUUCUCGAGUAUUAGUGUAUGGCGUCUGUCAAAAUUCGAUUCAAGACUGUCCUUAUUUUUAAAAAAAAAUAGUAAUUGCAAUUUUUAACUGGUGUAGUCUGUCUCUUUCCGCCACGGCGUAAACACUAUAUGUCAGAAAGAGACAAGAAACCUAAAUCGUGUUUUUUAACGUGAGAGAUUUAUAAGUAAGAGGGUUUUUGCAUCAAAAGAAAACUCGAACCAGUAAAAUGAAUUCCUAACAAAUUGGCUCAGCACGUGUGUCCAUGUUUUAUACAUAAAAUAAAUUUAUAAAACAGUUAGUAUACAGGUUCCUUCCUUCACAAAAGCAACGUGUUAAGUGUAUAUAGCGAAAGUAUAAAAAAAUAAAAACACAAAUAUGAUCACGUGCUGUAUAUAAUAUUCGAUGUCUUAAGCAUAGAUCACAUGAUCUUUGGUCCUAAAGUUAGUAAAACACAAAACACUAAUGACAAUUGACUUUACAUAGAAAAAUAUUUUACCUAUGUUUUAACGGCCCAGAUCAAAAAAGAGAAAAAACCAUAGAGAAAGCCACAGAUGAUGUGACCUGUGCUUUAAACAUCUUUAAUUGUACGAACUAAAAAGCUCUAUCGUAAAUGGACCAAUAUUAUGCAUUUAAGUUUUUAUUUAAAUCAACCUUCUAUAAUUUCUAGAGGCUUUUUAAAUAAACACUACAAUGAAAUUAAUUCGACGUUUUUAGUACGAAUUAUUUGUAUAAAUGAUUACUUAUUAGUAUUUUGUACGGCUUUUUCAAACUUAUUAAUCAUGAUAAAUUUUUUAUACAGUUUGUAAUGGUCCGUUUACUUUUAAAUUAUUCGUUACUGGAGACUAUUCAAAACUAAAUCAGUAUCUUAAAACUGUUUUAACUUAAUCCGUGCUUUUGAUAAAACUAAUUUCUUUAUUAAUUAAAAGUGUGUCGUCAUAUCCAGUGGAUGUCUAUGGUGAAACCGCGAGGCAUUGAUAGUUCUUACUAAAUUUUAUAUCAUCUGUCUCUCGUCAUCGCAGUGUAAACACAAUUGAACAGAAAGUGACGAAUAGUGCUUCAAAAAAGCGCAGUUAGACUGAUUUAGUUUUUAUGAGUAGUUCAAAUAUUUCAUGAAUUGGUGUUUUAUACCUAUGACCGACAUUUUCCUAUUUAAACAUUUUAAUAUGGAAACAUCUCUUAAGCGUUAUUAAAACUUGAAUUAUUAUAUAAAGUAUACAUUUCUUGAUAUAUUAGGAUUUUAAAAAAUAUAUGGUUCUUUUACUUAAAUGUACAUAUAUUUACAAAAACAUUUACACUAAUAUUUAUAGGUGUUAGACGUAAGUGAACAUUCCUAAUAAAUAUACUCAAAUAUGUGUAAUCUAUGGGCAAAAAAUAGCCGGCUUAUAAAAUUCAAAUUAUCUACUGUAUCUGGGAAGUUUCUAGUUAGAGCGCGGCCACACGAUGCGGUAACUGUGCGGUGCGGCGCCAUACAUACAUAUUACUAGUACAAACAAAUAAUAAAUAAAUAAAUAAAUUAGAAAUGAAAAAAAAAAACUAUGCCAUGUCGCACGGCGGCGUCACACCGCAAGCGCGCUGUGCCAGUGAACUGCGAGACAAGGCGGGGAGGGGUAAAAUAUAUUGCGACACCGCAACGCCCUAUAGCUUGAAAUAAUUGCGGUGCGACGCCGCACCGCACCGUUACCACAUCGUGUGGCAGAGGUCUUAGGUUUAUUUAUGUAAAAAAAUAUCAUUCCAUUUAAACAUACAUAAUAAAUUCGCAUCCAAAUAUAUUUUAUAGGUAAAUCGCUGGUUAUUUCUGUCAUAUUGUGAAAAAAUAUAAUAAAGUGUUACCAGAUUCACUGUUAUUGUAUUUGGUUUACUCAAUAAUUUGUACCUAAUUUAAUUUAUAUUUAAUUUAAGACAUUCCCUAUAUGCGGGUUUAUUUACACAAUUUUAUUUUAAGAUUUGAACUCAUUUAUAAAUGGACUAUACUGAAUAUUUAGAAAAUGCUUACUAGCUAUUUAUUCACCUGGCUACGCAAUGUAACAACUAAUAAAUAUAAAAACAAAAUAUGCUAUUUACGAAAUUAUCUAUGGAAAUAUAAAUUAUUCAGAACAGA